CCGGGAAAUGAGAAAAUGCUUAAAAGCUGAACGAUUACGACGUCAAAAAGUAAAUAAUGAAGAAGCAAUAAAGAAACACGCAGCCAUUCGCGCAAGAAUUGUAGCUCAACAGCAGCAAUAAUUUCAAAUAUUUACAUCUUUUUACAUUAUGGAAUACAAUAUAUUAGACUCUAUAGACCUGAAUGACAAAUCUAUAUAUAAAUCUUUCACAGACAGAUAUUUUAGUAAGAGAUACAUUUUAAAUGUAGAUGGUAUUGAAAACAAUGAUAUUAUGUUAAUGUUCCAUUCAAACAGAAUUACUUUACUAUGCCUUGCACCAAGUCAUUUCUUUUUUAAAAAUCCUGAUAAGUACAGCCUCAACUUUACAAUAGGAAAAGUAGAUAGAUUGAGUAACUUAGUCAAGGGCAAAGGUAAAAAGGGAGGCCAGAUGUUAACACCAAAAUCAACUAUAUGUAAAGUAGAAUGGAGCGAUGGAACAAGUUUUGAUAUACCGUGUGGCAUGAAAGGCACUCUUAUAGAAAUCAAUGAGAAUUUAGUGAAUAAUCCUGAAAUUCUGAGAGAACAACCCGAUGCUGAUGGGUUCAUUGCUAUUAUGUUGUCAAGUAUAGCCAAUUCCGAAGCAACAAAAAAUGAAUUACUGAAUCAUGAAGAGUAUUUGAAGCGUGUUAAUUGUAGUAUUUAAAAUUAUAAAAUAAAAGCUUUAGUUUUAUGGUUCA